AUGCCACAUAAUAGGAUCCCAACAUCAAGUCAACAGCAUACUCACGAAGUGUCAGAAGAAGAAAUCACUUUAAAAAAUUUAGCUAAAGAAGUUUAUGUUCAUUUUACAUUAGUGAUCGAUUAUAUUAGUUAUGGGAUAAACUAUUUAAUAUCAUUGAUGCUAAAAAAUUUUUUCGGUAAUCCGGAACCAAGUCUAGUGCACAAUGCCACACCUACAUUUCAUCCUGCCGUAUUAAUAACGGGAGCGUCAGUAGGAGUAGGAAGAGAUGUAGCAAUAACUUUGGCGAGAAAAGGAUAUACUGUAUUUGCAGCAGUAAAUAAAUCUUCAGACUUUGAUUCGUUACUUCAACAAUUCAGAGACCAUAAUAAAAAUGAAAACAAUGGAACACUUCGUUGUAUCGUAUUGGACAUGACAGACCGGAAAGCUAUGCAAAAAACAUAUCAUACUAUCCGUCAUGAUAUUCGAAAUAUGCCAUUCGCGGGUUUGAUUAAUGCCGCGACAACGAUAAUAUAUUUGCCGCUUGAAGUCGCAUCAGAUCUGGCAAUUCGUGAUUGUUUCGAGACGAAUCUUUUUGGCGUAAUUCAUUUAACUAAAUUAUUUUUGCCGCUUUUGAAAGAAAGUCGAGGAAGAGUUAUAAACGUUGGAAGCAUUUCAUCUUUAUGUUCAACUUCGUCAAUGGCUAUCUAUGCUGCUUCUAAAGCGGCAUUAAAAGCUCUUACUCGUACUUGGCGACAAGAAGUUAGAUCAUUAGGAAUAAACAUGAUGUUAAUAGAGCCAGGGAUAAUUGAUACCCAAUAUACACAAAAAGUUCAUCGGGAUUUCCAAGAAUUUAAAGGGUUCUCGAUCAGUUCUCCAUAUCAUGAAGAAAAUGUUAAUCCGAAAACACUGGAGACUUACGAAGAACAGUUCACAAUUGUUGGAAAACUUUUCGAUGAAGUGGUCGAUGCUGCUAAUCCUCCAGGAAUUGUCACCGAUGCAAUUAUACAUGCUUUGACUUCCCGAUUCCCGAAAACUACUUAUUAUGUGGGAAUGGAUUCGAAAUUUUUGGCUUUUAUGAAUUGGGUUUUAGGUGAACAUAUUUCGGAAGCUAUUCAGGAAAAGAUUUUUGGGUUUUAG